AUGGAUCCCGGGAGUGUGGCUACAGAACCGUACAUCGAGGAGGACACGAUCAAGGAGCCGCCAGAAGAAGACGUCGACAUGAACUUCUGGCUCGAGAGCGCCGAGGAAGGCGACAAACCGACAGAAGCUGGGUCAUCCUGCCGGAUAUCACAACCUCCAUCCGGUGAGGGGACGACACCAGAUAUGCCAAUGGCGUCCAGCGAAGAAGAAUACGACGACGACCCUGAGAGCUACCACUCGGGCGACUCUGACGACUACGAGAUGGACCACCGUCCGUGGCUCGAGCGGACAGCAGUCAAGCGAGACAUUCAAGACAUAUACACGGUCAAGGGAUUAUUCAACCCCACUCUCGGACAGUACCGCUACCGCGUUGUCGACCGGCUGGGCGAGGGCACGUUCUCCUCGGUGUAUCUUGCGCACGACAGCCUGCACAACAUGCACGACAACCAAUACUGGACCGGCAAUGAGAACACAGAGGACGUACGUGAACUGUACGAGGAAGCUGGACACCAAGUUGCGCUCAAGAAGAUCCUCGUAACGAGCUCGCCGGCCCGCGUCGAGAACGAGUUAUCGAUCCUUGAGAACCUGCGCGGAUGCCGGAACGUUUCGCCGCUAGUGACGGCGUUUCGCGACGAGGAUCAGGUCGUCAUCGUCCUUCCGUUCCACGCUUGCGACGACUUCCGCUACUUCUACCGCCUGAUGGAUCCGCCAAAGAUCCGCGAAUACAUGACGUGCUUGCUACGAGCUCUCAAGGACAUCCACGGCCGCGGCAUCAUCCACCGCGACGUCAAGCCCGCUAACUUUCUGUUCGAUUACGACAGUGGGCACGGCGUGCUCGUCGACUUUGGCCUCGCAGAGCGCUAUCAACCUCCAAGAAAGGCGACGUGUCAGCACGAGCCUGCUACCAGAGCCAAUCUCCACGGUCAACGAUGCAAGACGGCCGACACAGCUGUCAUCGAGCAGGCAGUGUACGAUGCGCGCAAGCGCUCCAAGGCGGGCGAAGGCAAGGUCGGCUUCAGACAGGAGGAUUCACGACCGGCAGUCAAGACGAACCGCGCCGGCACGCGUGGAUUCCGCGCGCCCGAGGUGCUGCUCAAGUGUCCCGACCAGACCGUUGCGAUAGAUGUGUGGUCAGCAGGCGUCAUCCUCCUGUCAAUCCUUUCGCACAAGUUUCCUGUUUUCAACUCCAGCGACGACGUUGAGGCUCUAAUGGAGAUCGCGGGGCUGUUCGGCCGCAGCGCGAUGCAGCGCUGUUCGAUGCUUCACAACCGCACAUUCAUUUCGAAUGUGCCGACGCUCGACGAUCCACCAGAGUCCCUCGCGUCUCUUAUCCUCCGACUCAAUCCGCACCUGUACACUCCGCACCAGCCGCACCCAACACAGGAGGAAGCUCUGGAUCACAUCCUCGCGAUCGACGCCGCUCUCGACCUGUGCUCCAAGUUGCUGCACACAGAUAGCACGAAGCGCCUCACGGCGGCACAGGCGCUCCGCCACCGCUUCCUGGCCGACCAAGCAGACGACGGGCCGGACGAGCUCCUCGAUCCCACCGAGGGCAAGUGCGGCCUCCUCCACCAGUGGGUGGACGGACAGCACCAAGCACGCUUUGGCGACAUGUGGGAGGACAUGCGGUUCGGGCAGGGCUUCCCGUGCAGUCGCGACAUGUUGUGUCCCGAGCACGACCAUUGGCAGCAGCGCUCUGGCGUGAACCCGCUCGGUGCGGCGUGGGGCGCGACGCUCAACGAGGAGUACUACCGCCACGCAGGAUUCCAUGUGGACGAGGAGUUUGAGGGGUGGGACGACAUGGGCGCGAGAGACGGUCGCCGGACCUAG